AUGGAUACAUUGGGAGAUCUCUCAGGGUCAGACUCAGAGGAUGCCAGUGAUGCUCCAGAAGGGGAAGUAGAGCCGGCUAUGAAGAAGAAGAAAAAGACAGCUGCCUCAGAACCUGCUCCAGAGGAUCUGGAACGCCUAGGCUACAAACGCGGCCCCUCCAUUCUUUAUGUGCCUGAACCAAAGGAUAGCUCUGAGCCAAAUUGGGAUUGGGGAACAGGGUCCAAAAAUGAUGCAGAGGACGAGGAACAGGAGAGUUUUCAGGACAGGGAGCACACCAGGCAUGCCACCGGAAACAAGCUGGAAGAAAUUGCGCGCCGGCAGCGCCUCGCUCAAGAGCAGGCGCGAAUUGCAAAGGCUGAAGCUCGGCAGGAGAAGGAGAGGUUAGCAGCUGAGCAGCGGCUGAGCUUCAAGCAGAAGGAGAAGCGCAAGAGGGAGCUUGGGCAGGCCAAGGGCGGCAAGGGCAAUUAUGUCGAAGAGGAGAAGCGGAUUGCCCGGCAGUUUGGCGUUUAUUCUGGCUUUGACUAG